AUGGCUGAUCCUAUGUCUCCUAUUAGCCCUCUGGCUAAUAGCACUCCUAACUUCGUCACAAACAGUAUCCAGCAACAGCAAACCGUCCCACCAUCAAGAAGACAUCAUAGAAGAAUGUCCUCUUUAAAUGAAUUUAAUGAUCCUUUCUCAAAUGCUGAAAUUUAUUAUGGACCUGCUACUGAUCCAAGGAAAGUUAGUACAAAGAAGAAAUUUAAUAGAACAAGAACAAUGAGUGUUUUCAAUAAAGUUUCAGAUUAUAAAAGUAAUAUCCCCAAGGAUCAUCAUUUAAAGAGACGUGGUUCAGAGGAUGAUACACUAUUAGCAAGUCAAGGUAAUCGUAGAUUUUUCAUCGAUGAUGUGGAUAAGACGUUGGAAGAAUUAUUGGCAAAUGAAGAUACCGAUAGAAAUUAUCAAAUUACCAUUGAAGAUACAGGUCCAAAAGUCUUAAAAAUUGGUACUGCAAAUUCUCAUGGUUAUAAUCAUGUCAAUAUUAGAGGUACUUAUAUGCUUUCAAAUCUUCUACAAGAAUUAACCAUUGCUAAAAGUUUUGGAAGACAUCAAAUUUAUUUAGAUGAAGCACGUAUUAAUGAAAAUCCAGUUAAUAGAUUAUCAAGAUUAAUUACAAAUCAAUUUUGGAAUAAUUUAACAAGAAGAAUUGAUUUAAAUAAUAUAGGUGAAAUUGCAAUGGAUACUAAAAUUGAUACCCCUGAAGCCAAAAAUCCAAGAGUUUAUGUCCCUUAUAACUGUCCAGAUCAAUACGAAUUUUAUAUUCAAGCUUCACAAAUGAAUCCAUCAUUAAAAUUAGAAGUCGAAUAUUUGCCAAAAAAUAUUACACCAGAAUACGUUAAAUCUUUAAACAGAACUCCAGGUUUAUUAGCAUUAGCAAUGGAAGAACAUGUUAACCCAUCUACUGGUGAAAAAUCAUUAAUCGGUUAUCCAUACGCAGUACCUGGCGGAAGAUUUAAUGAAUUAUAUGGUUGGGAUUCUUACAUGAUGGCAUUAGGUCUAUUAGAAAGUAACAAAAUUGAUGUAGCAAAGGGAAUGGUAGAACAUUUCAUUUUUGAAAUUGAACAUUAUGGCAAAAUUUUAAAUGCAAAUAGAAGUUACUAUCUUUGUAGAUCUCAACCACCUUUCUUAACAGAUAUGGCCCAUAUUGUCUUUAGUAGAAUUGGUGGUAAUAAUAAUCCAAAUGCUAUAAAUUUUUUGAAAAGAGCAUUUAAAGCCGCUAUCAAAGAAUAUAAAACCGUUUGGUGUGCAUCUCCAAGAUAUGAUCCUGAAACUGGAUUUUCCUGUUAUCAUCCAGAUGGUAUUGGUAUUCCACCUGAAACUGAACCUGAUCAUUUUGAUACCAUUUUAUUACCUUACACUAAAAAAUAUAACGUUUCAUUUGAAGAAUUCAGACGCAUGUAUAACGAAAAGGAAGUUGAUGAACCUGAAUUGGAUGAAUUCUUCUUACAUGAUCGUGGUGUUAGAGAAUCUGGUCAUGACACCACUUAUAGAUUUGAGGGUGUGUGCGCUUAUCUUGGUACUAUUGAUCUAAAUGCUUUACUUUAUAAAUAUGAAGUCGAUAUUGCCAAUUUCAUUGAAAAAUAUUGUAAAGGUAAAUAUGAAGAUCCUGAAGAUGGUACAAUGUCUACCACGGAAGAUUGGAAAAACUUAGCUGAGAAGAGAAAAGAAAAUAUCACCAAGUAUAUGUGGGAUGAAGAAUCAGGCUUCUUUUUCGAUUAUAACGUUAAAGCUAAAGAAAGAACAUCUUACGAAUCAGCAACCACUUUUUGGACUUUAUGGGCUGGUCUAGCUACACCAGAACAAGCAAAAAUUAUGGUGGACAAAGCGUUACCCAAAUUAGAAUCUUUAGGUGGUCUUGUUGCAUGUACAGAACGUUCCAGAGGACCAAUUUCUAUCAAUAGACCAUAUAGACAAUGGGAUUAUCCAUUUGGUUGGGCACCUCAUCAAAUACUUGCAUGGGAAGGUCUCUGUGAUUAUGGUUAUACUGCAACUGCAACAAGAUUAUCUUAUAGAUGGCUUUAUAUGAUGACAAAGGCUUUUGUAGAUUAUAAUGGUAUCGUUGUAGAAAAAUACGAUGUUACAAGAGGCACAGAUCCGCAUCGUGUAGAGGCCGAAUAUGGUAAUCAAGGUGCAGAUUUUAAAGGUGUUGCUAAAGAAGGUUUUGGUUGGGUCAAUUCUAGCUAUUUAUUAGGACUAAAAUUUAUGAAUAGUCAUGCAAGAAGAGCUCUAGGUGCAUGUAUUCCACCUGGUCCAUUUUUCAAGAGCUUGAAAGCAGAGGAAAAGAAACUAUACGGUUUGUCUUGA